AUGAGCAUACAGUUUAAUAUUUUGGAGGAGAGCUCUGGCAAAGUCAAUGACUUUUCAUCCCGCUCAUUCCUAAAAGAACUCUGGAAAAUUUUUGGAAGCUAUUGGUUUCAGUCAAUUUGGUGGGGUGAUGCUGGAAAUUGUGUACUGAUUGCUGAAAAAAAAAUCUUCAAAAGGGAAGUGCCAGGAAGGAGAGAACCUCUGCACAUUUUUGAAACAAAUUCCACAAAAACUUUCAUUCAUCAGUUUAAUCUUCAUGGUUCAGCAAAAUGGAAGGAGAUUCUCCAACACCUGCCUCACCUGACAAACUUCAAGCUUUAG